GUUGUGCGCGUGCGUGGGACCGGCAUUGGAUGCCCAUUGCGUUAUGUCUGUAGAACAUCUGUGAAGUCUUAGCAACUUUUAUAGGAACUCUAUCUUCGUUGUUUUUGGGCAGGGAGAAUAGCAGAUCAAAUACAGAAAUGGAGUGGUUGCCUGCUUGUGACUCUGCAGACAUGCAGAGUCAAUCUCAGAUUGCUGCUCUUGUCAAUCCUGCUGCAGUUGACCCUCUGAAUCAGAAAAGAUUCCACAACUCAGACAUGGAUAUGGGCCCCGACGGUAAGCGGCCGCCGGUGAUGGGCGACCCGUUCGGCGCCGGGCCCGGCCUGGCGGCCAUGCGCGACAACGGCGGCGUCGGUGGCGUCGAGUCUGAGGACAUGACGGUGCCCGACCGGAUGGUGGGCCUCAUCAUCGGCCGCGGCGGCGAGUCCAUAUCGCGGCUGCAGGCCGAGAGCGGCGCCAAGAUCCAGAUGUCUCCGCAGGCCAUGGAGAUGAGCAAUGAGCGGCUGUGCACCCUGACCGGCUCGCGCGCUGCCAUCGAGCGCGCCAAGGAGCUCAUCAACGCCAUCGUGGCGUCACGCGCCAACGAGCGCGACCGAGACCGGAUGAUGGGCGGCGCCGGCGGCCUGGGCGACAUGAUGGUGGGCAGCGGCGACCAGCCCGGCCAGAGUACGGACGAGAUGAUCGUGCCCAGCUCCAAGGUCGGACUCAUCAUCGGCAAGGGAGGCGAAACGAUAAAGCAGCUGCAGGACAAGAGCGGCUCGAAAAUGGUCGUCAUACAGGACGGUAUUUACGCCAACGCCCCCGAGAAGCCUCUCCGAAUCAGCGGCGAUCCGAAGCAGAUCGAGCACGCCAAACAGCUGGUGGUGGAGCUGAUGGCCGAAAAGGACAACUUCUGCCCGCCCGGCGGACGCAUGGGCAGCUUCGGAGGACGCGGCUUCGGCGGCGGCACUACGGCUGAGAUCACCGUGCCGCAGGCAGCCGUCGGCGUGGUGAUCGGAAAGGGCGGAGAGAUGAUCAAGAAGAUCCAGAACGACACCGGUGCCAACAUUCAGUUUCAGCAGAACAUCUCGGGCCGUAACGAGCGCACGGCAACCGUCAGUGGCACGCCCGACCAGAUCGAGCACGCCAAGGUGAUCGUCCAGGAUCUGAUCGAGAGUGUGAUGAAGCGCGACCAGCAGAUGGGCGGCUACGGCGGGGGUCGGAACGGCAACUGGGGCGGGGGCGGCGCCGGAGCCGGCGGCGGCUUCGGCCGCGGUCCGAUGGGCAGGGACGGCAAGCAGGAGAUCAGCUUCCCCGUGCCGGCCAACAAGUGCGGCAUCGUGAUCGGCAAGGGAGGCGAGACCAUCAAGGCCAUCAACAUGCAGUCGGGAGCGCACUGCGAGCUCGACCGCCGGCCGCCGCCCAAUCCCAACGAGAAGAUAUUCCUGGUGAAAGGCAGUCCCGACCAGGUGGAGCACGCCAAACGACUCAUCUGCGAGAAAGUCGGCAUACCGUACGGUCCCGGCGGACCAGGCGGUCCAGGAGGGCCCGGUGGUCCGGGCGGACCGUUCGGCGGUCCCGGCGGUCCCCCGGGCGGACCGGGUGGUCCCGGCGGCUACCCGCCGCAGGGCUGGGGCAACAACUUCCACCAGCCGGGCGUGUGGGGUCAGCAGCAGAACGAGCCGCCCAAGCAGGACAACAGCUGGAACAGCUACUACCCGCAGUACUACGGCGGCCAGGGCACGCAGGCGCCCGGCGCCGCGCCCCGACAGCAGCCGCAGAGCUCACCUGCGACCGGCUCGAACCUGAGCGGUCAGCCGGGUCAGCCCGACUACAGCGCUCAAUGGGCCGAGUACUACCGCAACAUGGGCAUGGUACGUGAGGCAGAGGCCAUCGAGCAGCAGAGCAAGCUGAAGGCGGCCAGCGGCGGCGACCCGGGCGGCGCUCCGGCGGCCGGCGGCGCCGCCCAGCCAGCCGCCAACGGCACUCAGGCCGACUACAGCGCCCAGUGGGUGGAGUACUACCGAUCACAGGGCCUCGUCACCGAGGCGGCCAACCUCGAGCAGCAGAUCAAACUGACAAAGCAGCAGCAGUCUGCGGCGGCGCCGGCGGCCUCCGUGGCGGGCGGCGCGCCGGCCGGCUACCAGCCCCAGCAGCACAGCUUCGCAGGGGCGUACGGCGCCGGCGCGCCCGGUGGCUACGGCCAGUACGGCGCGUACCCGGGCGCCGGCGACAACUAGCGCCGGUCCUCACCGACGGUCACUUGUCUGUAGUGUCGAUACCCGAUGUGCCCCGUUCGCUGAAUACGCUGUCUACCAGUUGUUUUGUUGGUGUAUGAUUUUUCGCUGCGCUAUUCACUCAUCCACCUUUGUCUCUAUCUCUCUGCGCGGGGCGCGGGGCAGCACUUGGCGGCCGGAGGGCGCCGGCCGCCGCCCCGCACCCCGCCCUGGUGUGCGUGUGCUGCUGCCGCUGUUGCUACUGCUGGUGACGCCGCUGUUUUAAUUUGUUGUAACUGUCUGUCCGUCUUUGCCGCGCUGUGCGUUGGCCGGGGCCGGAGGAGCGGCGGCCGCGCGCGGCGCCGUCGCUCCGCGCGGCCCCGGCCGGCCGGCGGCGGCGCGGCUGCCUCUGGCCGCGCGGGCCCCCUCUCCUCGGUGGUGUGUUGUCGGCCGCGCUGCUGCGGCUCGUGUCCUCUGUGCGGGUCACUGUGGGGGAUGGGCGGGGCGCUGUCAGGUGCCGACUCAAUGAGCUGUUUAAAUCUUUGACUCGAUCUCGACAGUGUCGUUCUUGAAAUUGUAUGCCAUCACUAGUGAAUUUGCAUUUCAGUGGUAAAUAAUAUUGAUUUGUCGUGCUUACUGUGGGAUUGCCGUGAAUCUCGUGACGUACUGAGGUGUUGAAAUUGCUUAUGGUAUAGCUAUGUCCCUACAUGUGCAUUGUGGUGCUUAUAUUACACGACCAAAAUAAUGACGCCAACCCUGGGGCGAAUCGUCCCUCACAUCUAAUACGCCUAGCGUACAAAUGACGCGUAUCUUGCGAGGCAUUACGUUCGUCUGCCUCCCAGUGUUAGUGUUGAAUAAUUAAAAUGCGUACAAAGUAGCAAUUGAAACGUCAUCACCCGUUUGCUAUGCGCGGCCGGUGGGCCAAUGUGCAACGUACUGUAUUGCAGUGUUCCAAAUGUAGCGAGAGGGGGGCGCGGGUGCCGGCCGGGAGCCGCGGCCUCACGUACCUGAGCAGGGUAGGCGGGCCCAUCGUCCAGCCGGCUCCGGCCGGCCGGCGCGCUGCCCGCCCCGCCGACGACGUAUAAAACAUGUGUCCCGUAUACUAUUACUUGAGUGUUGUUGAUAUUUUUUCGUAUAUCUCUUAGCGAAAGUUGUCACGUGCCGAGUUCUCAUUACAUAGACGUUGAUUUUUGCCUCAUGCUCGCGCCUGUCUGUUCAGUUGUAUUGAACGGGGUCGGUUUGUUCUGUUUUGGAUAGGCGCGUCUUGCCGACCGCCCCGACCCCUAUAUAUGUCAAUUACCCGUGUGUUUUUGCUGCUGCCGCUGCAUUAGUGUGUCUGCGCUCUGGAUAACAAUGUAUAUGAACAUGCAUAUGGGGUAUUUUUGAUCAAUGCGUAGCGUGACGAUACGAUAUUGGACUUUAGCUCAGGGUCGCGACCGUUCGGAGCCGUGCAGCCGCCGGCGGCGCCGGGCGCUCGUCGCCCGACCACUCGCCUGCCUACUUACCGUGCGAGAGCGAGCGAGCCAGCCGGCCGGCCCACUGCGGCCGUAUAUAUCUAAUAUGCGUGGUGAUCCUGUGCGUGUUGAAACUAGCGAUUGGCACCUGACAGCUGCCCCGGGGUCUUCUGUGAGGUCAUAGUUCGGGUCUUAGUGUGUGCUUAAGUUGAUAACGCUGUAGCGACGACAUCCGUGUGUGUUGUGUUUUUGGACCGUUUUUCUAAGUCUUUCAUACGGAAAAUUUAUGUGCUGUCAUCCAUUCGGUGUUGUAGUGACCGUGCGCGCCCGUGGCCCGCCGCGGCGCGCGCGCGGACCUCUAAUACAGCUCACUCUCUGGCCGUGCGGCGGUACGGCCGGUCCGCCGGCCCGCCCCGCCGGCUCGUCCGGGCGACACGGCCCUGUUGCCGAUUCAGUGUUGUAAGUCUGCACCAUAUUGAAAAAUAAAACUAUACGGAGUGGUUUACGUGAUAA